AUGGUCUCCGAAGAAGCUCGUCUCCGCAUUGUGAUUGUCGGCGCUGGUCUCAGUGGUAUCGCCGCUGCAGUGUCCUCCGCACUAUCAGGACAUUCAGUCGAAGUCAUCGAGCAAGCAAAGGAACUGGCGGAAGUUGGCGCUGGUCUCCAAAUCACACCCAACGCUUCCCUGCUUCUGAAACACUGGAACCUUCCACAAUCCCUAUGGGACGCAGCUGCUGAGCCAACCAAGCUCACAGUGCAUCGAUACUCGGGCGAGGUCCUGGCACGAGAGGAAAAUUUCGAUAAAAAUAUUCGCGCUAAGUAUAAUGCGCCCUUUGUCGACUUGCACCGCGUCGAUCUCCAACAGGCGCUGUUCGCUCGAGCUCAGGAGCUAGGUGUCAAAUUCCACAUGAGCCAAAAGGUCGAUCGGAUAGACUUCGAUUCCACGACUGUUCACACACUCGCUGGCGACCGGUACUCGGGUGAUCUCAUUAUCGCUGCUGACGGGCUGUGGUCGAGGUGUCGGGAGGCUUUCGUCGGGAAGAAAGAUGAGCCAAUCCCUACGGGUGACUUGGCGUAUCGGAUUGUGCUGAGCACGGAUCAGAUCGCUGAUCCUGAGCUGAAGGCGCUGGUUGAGAACCCCGAGGUGCACUUCUGGGCAGGCCCGGGUGCUCACGCGGUUGCUUAUUCGCUGCGUGGUGGAAACAUGUUCAAUAUUGUUCUUUUGGUGCCGGACAAUUUGCCCGCUGGUAUCUCAAGACAGGCUGGUUCUGUUGAUGAGAUGCGGGAGCUGUUUGUUGGUUGGGAUCCGAUCUUGAAUCGGUUCUUGAACUACGUGACCAACGUGGACAAGUGGAAGCUCAUGCAUCAUGGUGAAAUGGAGCGUUGGGUUAAUGAUACUUCGAAUCUGGUGUUCAUUGGAGACGCUUGUCAUCCUAUGCUUCCGUAUCUGGCACAGGGCGCCAACUCAUCAUUGGAAGACGGUGCCGUGCUUGGUAUGCUUUUGGGAAAUAUGACAGAUAAGAGUCAGCUUCCUCAAAUCCUGCGACUUUACGAAAGCAUGCGCAAGUCCAGAGGAGAAGCGAUUGUGCGAGAAACAUUCAAACAGCGACACGAUUUCCAUAUGCCCAACGGCGAAGAACAGGAGAAGCGCGAUCAACUCUUCCUCUCUCAACUCGGGAAGGAGAUUAAGGGUGCAUUCCCAAGUCGAUGGACUUGUCCCGAAGUGCAGCCUUGGCUGUAUGGAUACGAUGCAAUCAAAGAGGUGGAAACAGCGGUGUUGCAGAACCCAGAAGUAUUUGCGAAGUCUGCGUCAUGGGGUUGUAGCAUUUUAUAG